GUUCUGCUUUCCAGUGUCUUACAUCACCCAGACAAUUGGCAGCCAGGAGUCAGGCAGCUGCCACGCUCUUCAGAUGUCUAUUUAAAGUUCAAAGAGAUGCAGGAUAACAAUAACAAAGAGCUAAGCGGGGCCCUGAACAGCCCACCCCACAACAGGAGGAAUGGCUGAAAAAGCAGUGUCUACAUUUUCCCACCUUCUGGUCCCUAUUCUUCUCUUGAUUGGCUGGAUUGUGGGAUGCAUUGUAAUGGUUUAUGUUGUCUUCUCUUAGAAAGGCAAGAAGACUUCAGGUUGACAUCAUUUAGAAGAAUUAAGAAAAGCAUGAAAUGACAGAUUAUUAAAUGUUUCUCAUGUAAAUAACUGCAGUGUUUGACAUGAGUUUAUAAAACUUGCAUUUGUAAACUGGUACUUCA